AUGCGAAACUGGCAACAGCCAAUGCGUAGUGUUUUGGAGAAGACGGACGAGGUGUCGGAUGUUCCUGAUGGGAAGAAUAUCAAGUACAUUCUUCGUGGCACUAGAAUCCUGAGGCUGAUAGUCAACUUGGCCUCGGAAGGAGACCGCCACGGGGUUGCGAGGGCGCGCGGUGCACACAUUGAGGACCUUCCGGUGACGUUGGACCUUAAGGUGCUCUCCUUUGCUAUGACUACGGAGGAACGGUUUCUGGAAACGGCGGAGGCGCUGAAGGAAUUGACCGACGCAGGACUGAACACCAAAUGGGCUGUGGAUGAAAAGUUACUUAUUUUAGUGAUUGAUUUAUCGGAAGGGCCAAAAAUGAGCGGAGAGCAUGCGCCAGGACAGUCAUUUGUUCUGGCAUCUAUUAGGGCGAAUUCGCAGCUGGGCAAAUCAGGGUUUCAUGUGUCAAUGAAAUUACACUCCAUUGGGGGCAAGAUAUGGCCGUCACUGCCAUCGCCACGCGCUGCGUCCGAGGCGACUGAAGAUGCCUCCCCUGCCGUGAAUGUUGCGAGAAUGUUGGACUACAGUUUAUCUGUCUCGCCACCACGAAUGAUGAUGGAUAUACAUGGGAUGCACUCUGAACUGAUUAGGCUUGAUGAAUUCAUCACUUUGGAUGUAUCAAAGGCGCCUCUUGUGAGGUUACGUCUGAACCUAGAGGGAAAGGAUGGUCAAUUGUUAUGCUUUACUGGGGACAUUCUUUCGGGAAUCGGCAUUAGUUUGAAGGUGCAGGUCUAUAAAAAGACAGACUCGCCACCAGCUUUGCGUCACCCAGGGAAGAUGGAGAACAUACAUGUCUACAAGGAGGAGCUGCCUACAGGUGAGGACUUUCUCGUUGUGGAAUUUGACUCUUCCAAGGGGAACCUUGACUUGUCUGGAAAACCCAGACGCAACAUUAGCAACGCCACUCGUCUCUGCGUUAACAGGCGUUACGUUGUGGAUUUUACAGCCACUGGCCCUAUUGAUAUGUUGCCAACCUUCAUGGAGGUGUAUCAGAGCGUCGUUAAUUACCUUGGGAUGACAAGAAAUCCGCUGCUUACUUUGAACAUGCCGGCAGUGCGAGAUGCGGUAGGAAGGGAGUUCCCAAGGUGCAAAAUGUCACGAGAACUGAAGAAUCUUGUUUGGGAGGCCGUGCGCUUAUACAUUGUUAGGAACUACGUACCCCAUGAACUCUAUGAGGUUUCAAAGUCCCCAGUAGCUCUACGCGUCGACUAG